UGCUUUAUGCAUGUAUAAAUAUUUGCAAAAUAAUUUUUUAUCAAUUAGUUUCAAGUAAAUAUUCGAAGAGUUAAGAUCAUCUCUUCAGCAAAUUUUUUUUUGAGUUCAAAUAAAUGAUCAGCCAAAAAUUAUCAAUCUGCAACAAAAUGGGAAGUUGUAUUGGAAAGAAAUUUGCACAUCACAAAGAUUUAUACGAAGCACCAUCCUUGGAAGAAAUUUUACCAGAAGUUUCAACGGAUUCAUAUUUAUCUUCUAAUGCCAAUAUAAAUUACGACCUAAAUCUUUAUUUAUAUCGACAACAAAUGCAGCAGAAAGAUCGGGAGUUAAUCACAUGGUGUAGUGCGAAAUUAGAGCUUACUGAAAAUAUAAUUCGAAUCAAUCAAUCGAGGCUGCACAAGAAUAUGUUCAGUAUUGAUCUAUCAACUUUAGAUGAGAUCACCAUGGAGAUUGAACAUCUAGAGGAAUACCGCAAAAAGUUGAUAGAUUUGAUCAAGCAUUUAAAAAAGAUUAACUUAAGGCUUACAUCGAAGAACGUCCGAAAAAAGCGAUCGCAUAAGUGUGCCAUGAAGAUAAUUACAGCUCUUACUGAAGUUAUAAGUGCAGUAUAAUCAAUUGGAUGGAUAUUUUGUAGAAUAUAUUAAAUUUAGAAAUAUAAUAAAUAAAGAAACUUGAACUUGAAACUCAAACAAAUAAUUUUGAUUUUUCAUAUUAUUUUUUUUUAUAAAUACAUACAUACAACAUACGUAGGUAUGAAGUUUUUAUUAAUUUUACUUUCUUCAUGAAUUCAGCAAUGUAGAUUUGUACAAGAACAAGGUGAAAAGUUCUCUGCUUGGAAAAAAAUGGUUUCAUUUAUACACUUUUUCCAACAGUAGAAUUCGUUCCCGGAAGUAAGAGUCUAGAAGGUAUCAAAAUAUGCAUUUAGGGAAGAGGGGGUAGGUCACCCUAACAGUUAAUGAAAUUUAGUUAUUUUUAACAAAAUGAAAUAUUUAUAUC